GGAGAGAUGAUCGCAGAGUUGGUGAGCGGCGCCCUGGGGCUCGUCCUGUAUCUCAACACCCUGGGGGCGGAUUUCUGCUACGAUGACAGCCGAGCUAUCAAGACAAACCAGGAUCUUCUGCCAGAAACCCCCUGGAUCCACAUAUUCUACAAUGAUUUUUGGGGAACUCUCCUCACCCACAGCGGGAGUCACAAGUCCUACCGUCCUCUCUGCACGCUCUCCUUUCGCAUUAACCAUGCAGUUGGAGGCAUGGAUCCUUGGAGCUACCACCUUGUAAAUGUUCUGUUACACGCUGCAGUCACCGGGCUUUUCACAAACUUCUCCAGAAUCUUGUUUGGGGAUGGAUAUUGGACCUUAAUCGCAGGCCUGCUGUUUGCGUCUCAUCCAAUCCACACUGAAGCAGUGGCAGGAAUUGUGGGGAGGGCUGAUGUUGGAGCCUGCUUCUUUUUUCUGCUCUCAUUGAUGUGUUAUGUUAAACAUUGCUCUACAAGAAGCUACUCAACCAGCACUUGGGGCUGGAUCUUGGGGACAGGACUCUGUGCUGGCUGCAGCAUGUUGUGGAAGGAGCAAGGAGUGACUGUUCUAGCAGUUUCAGCAGUUUAUGACGUCUUUGUGUUUCACAGGCUGAAAAUGAACCAAAUCAUUCCUUCUAUAUAUAAAAGGAAGAAUUUGUCCCUUUUCUUCAGCAUUGGUUUAUUGACUUUCUGGGGGACUGCACUGCUGGGUGUCCGCUUGUACUGGAUGGGCAACAAGCCACCAAGUUUUUCCAACUCUGACAACCCAGCAGCUGACUCAGACAGUUUUCUUACACGCACUCUGACCUUUUUUUACUUACCGACCAAGAACCUCUGGCUGUUGCUGUGCCCGGACACCCUCAGCUUUGAUUGGUCUAUGGAUGCUGUGCCUCUUCUUAAAACAGCCAGUGACUGGAGGAAUCUACACACUGUGGCCUUCUAUGCUGGACUCCUCCUCCUUGCCUAUUCUAGCUUGAAGAGUUCCAGCAAUAAGAGAGAAUGCAAUGGGAAAACUGUAAUGAAUGGCAAGCAGAAUACUAAUGGGCAUAGCUGCCACUCAGACAUGGAGUACAAGAGUUUGGAGCUGAAGUCCAGCUUUGCCUCAAAAGAAGAGAAUGGCAUAAAAAAACAUGUAAUCCAGAGACCUCAGCUUCCUUCAACUGAGAAUAUUGUACUUCUGUCUCUGUCUUUGUUAAUAGUGCCCUUUGUUCCUGCCACAAACCUAUUUUUCUAUGUAGGCUUUGUAAUAGCAGAGCGUGUACUAUAUAUUCCUAGUAUGGGCUUCUGCCUGCUGAUUACAGUGGGUGCCAGGUCCCUUUAUAUCAAAGCCCAAAAGCGCUUUCUGAAGAACUUGAUUUUUUAUGCCACUGCUGCAUUAAUUCUUUUCUAUGGACUCAAGACUGUUGUCAGGAAUGGGGACUGGCAGAAUGAGGAGAUGCUGUAUAGGUCAGGGAUAAAAGUAAACCCAGCUAAAGCAUGGGGUAACCUUGGAAAUGUUCUCAAGAGCCAGAGCAAGAUUUCUGAAGCUGAAAGCGCCUAUAGAAAUGCCUUGUACUACCGCAGCAACAUGGCUGAUAUGCUUUAUAAUUUAGGAUUGCUGCUGCAGGAAAACAGCAGGUUUUCAGAAGCACUACAUUACUAUAAACUGGCAAUUGGUAGCAGACCCACAUUAGCUUCUGCCUAUUUAAAUACUGGUAUUAUCCUGAUGAAUCAAGGAAAGACUGAGGAAGCCAGGAGGACGUUCCUGAAGUGUUCAGAGAUUCCUGAUGAAAAUUUGAAAGAUCCUCAUGCUCACAAGAGCUCUGUUACCAGUUGCCUUUAUAACUUAGGAAAACUCUUUCAUGAACAAGGACAUUAUGAGGAUGCCAUUAUGGUUUACAAGGAAGCAAUACAGAAAAUGCCAAGGCAGUUUGCACCACAAAGCUUAUACAACAUGAUGGGAGAAGCCUACAUGAGACUGAGUAAGCUGUCUGAAGCAGAACACUGGUAUAUGGAGUCGUUGCGAUCCAAGACUGACCACAUCCCAGCACAUCUCACAUAUGGGAAACUUCUGGCUCUCACGGGCCGCAAGAGUGAGGCAGAAAAGUACUUCUUGAAGGCUAUUCAGCUGGAUCCUACCAAAGGCAAUGGUUACAUGCAUUAUGGUCAGUUUCUCCUAGAAGAAUCCCGCCUGAUAGAAGCAGCUGAAAUGGCAAAGAAGGCAGCUGAGCUGGACAAUACAGAGUUUGAUGUUGUCUUCAAUGCAGCCCAUAUGCUCAGAGCUAUUGUUGUGGUGAAUAAAAUGACUAUGCUUCCACUGAAAUGUAAUGCUUUACUGUAUCCGGCUGCCCUGAUGAAUCUUGGAGCCAUUCUUCAUCUCAAUGGUAAACUCAGAGAUGCUGAAGCAAACUACCUCCGUGCUCUCCAAUUUAAGCCAGACGAUGUCAUCACACAGUCUAAUCUUCGCAAACUGUGGAAUAUCAUGGAAAAACAAGGUUUAAAGACAUCUAAAACAUGACACAGAAAAAACUUCUUUUUCUUUAAAUUGACUCAAAUCCAAAACAAAACUUCCAGGAAGUUAUCUGAUCAAAGCUCUCAUUGGACUUGACUGCAAGGGUCAGGGGGUCUUAAUUGCUGCUAGGAGAACCUAUUCUGGUUUUUGGCAUAACUUUUGUUGCCAUAAAAAUAAAGGGAGAUUCUUUGGAUGCUUCACAAAGGACUUAAGUAUUAACCCGCAAAAAAUAAAAUAAAAAAUAAAACCAUAGCACUUAAAGGAGGGUAUUUUGGCAUACUUGACAAGUUAUCACAGUUAAACCCAUAUUACUCUUUUUCAUGUGAGUUCUUGAAAAUUAUACUGUCCUGAAAACACUAAGGGAGAACUGUAUAGCAUACACCCAGCCACAUGAGAGUAAAAAAGAUAAUACUAGCUUAAAGUAUUUGCUGAGACUGUAACUCAUUAAAAUGUAUACUAAAUCCAAUGUGUUUGCAGUUUGUCUUAAUGCUGCUGUAUCUCUCUUUAGGACCACCUGCUUAUCAAUUUCAGACUGACACAGCCUUUUUUUUUUUUAAAUACCUGUCACUUGCGGUUAGAUGACAGUAUUGACAGUUGUUUACUGACAAGUGCACAUAUUUUUUCCA